AUGUGGGCAAAGUCAUGGUGGAGGUCGGACGAGGAUGCGAGGAAGAGCCGGUGGAGGUCGGGCGGCCAAUUUGUUUCUGUAGAUCUUCACGGAGGGUGGGUGUCUGGUGGAGGACCGGUGGUGGACGGGCGGACUCUGGUGGCAGGAAGGCGUCUGGUGGCGGAUGGCGGAUCGGCGAUCGAUCUUUUACCGGCGAUGAGAACUCCGUCGCCGGCCAUCGUCCGAGAAUGGAAGCCCGACCACCGCCAUGAAAUCUGCCGCCGCCCGUCGUUCACUGCUCCUUUCCGACGCCGUCUCCACCACCGGGCUCGCGGACAGGACCCGCGGAAAAGCUUCGCGAGGUUGCAGUUCGGUCGCGAAGGGAGGAGGGCCGUCGGAGGUUGGGCCUGCGCGCGGAGGGGCUGCGGCUUGCCGGGAGUUCGUUGGUGUCUCGUCAGUGGGGAGGUACGCUCGCGACGGUUGAUGGAGAUGCUGAUGGGGAACGCCGAAAAAAAUCUGAUUUCUGAAAGAGAUGAAGAAAACUUGAAACGGCUCAGCAGAUAA